CGUGGUGGCAACUUGAAAGAGCGGAUGGCGAAAUUGGACGAAAAAGCGACCGCUGGCAACUCAACCCCGGAGGAAACUACACAGCCCUUCGCCCACCCUCACAGCAGCCUCGCGGAGAAGAAAAAGCAGUUUGCCGAGAGCGCCGCGAAACACCAAAACAAGAUGUCUCAGAACCCCUUCAGCGGCCAGUUCCGUGCGGGGGAGCGGCCGAAGCUGUCCAAGGAUGACCCCAACUACGGCCGCCCCGUCGCCGGCAGUAAGAGUGAGAGGCGAGGUCGCGGGGCCGCCAGACAUGUGAACGCUGAGGUUGUGUUUCUGUGCGACAUGAUUCACCAAGAAGGUUACCAGCUGCCGGAUGGUACAGCGGCCAUUACCUUUGGAGAGCUGUUUCAGCUCUACACCCGGAUCUCCAAUAAGGUCGUGGGCAUGCUUCUAAGGGCACGGAAGUAUGACCUUUUGACCUUCGAGGGGGAGACUUUGUUCCAGGGGAGGAAUAAUGACACUGUGAUCAAGUUGCUUAAGCCGAUCGCUGAGAUUCGCGCCGAACUGAAUGAGGAUAAGGAGUUUGAUGUCGGGGUGUGUCACAAGGCUAAGAAAUGAUCUCACACACACACACACACACACACACACAUAAACAUACAUAUACACAUAACUCAUUCAUAUAGAUACAUACACACAUAAGGAGUUUGGGAUUGGGGUGUGUCACAAGGCUAAGAAAAGAGAACACACACACAGCUAUAUAUUCCUACGCUUAUUAAUCACUAUGCAAUUGAAAUAUAUAUGUAAAACUAUAUGUACCAGAACCUUACUGGCUUUCAUGUAUACAGUCAAAUAUAUGCAUCCAUGUAUUUAUAAAAAGACUGUAUGGGUUUUGUAUUAACGAAUAAACUGUUGUUUCCUUA